AUGUCAGGCUACAAUGCCCGGCGGGGACCCAACGUCUCGCAGUACAUUGCGAACCUGAACCAAGUCCCCUCGGCCCAGGAGAUGGCGUCGCAGAAGCAGGAGCUAUUCAACUUCGACGAUGACCUCUUCAACAACGCGGAGUUUUUCGACUUUGAUAUGGGCACCAUGGCGGACGUAUCUCAGCAGCCGAUCGACUAUGAUCCGACCCAGGAGCAAAAAACUCGACGACAGAAUGCUUCGGCAUAUAGGCAGGGCGCCGUGAGCAAGCCUGUCAACGACUUCCUCAACGGCGACUUUCAAUUCCCCGAGUUCGCAGGCCUGCCCGACGUUGUCCCCACCGCGCCAGGUCCCAACUUCGACAUCCCCCAAGCUCCCUACCUCCACAAUCUCGUACCAUCAGCCACACCACCCACCACUACAUCUCCCGUCAGCACUUCGCCCUUCCCCGUCCCUUACGCCGGCGAAAAGCGCAAGCUCGACGCCCUCUCCAGCACCCCCGUAGACUCCGGCCCCAUCGACGAGGCCGCCCGCGCAGCCGCCGAAGAGGACAAGCGCAGGCGUAACACGGCCGCGAGCGCGCGCUUCCGCGUCAAGAAGAAGCAGCGGGAGCAGGCGCUGGAGAAGACGGCCAAGGAGAUGACGGACAAGGUUGGCGCGCUGGAGGCCAGGGUCAAGGAGCUCGAGACGGAGAACAAGUGGUUGAAGGACUUGUUGGUCAAAAGGAAUGAGGGGAAGACGAGUGCGGCGAAGGAGAAUGAGGUCGAGCGGAGUCUGGGCGAGAAGACUGAUGGUGUAGGGACUGGGGCGGAGGGACUAAAGGCGUAG